AUGGUGCGAGCCGCGACUGGUAAGGAGGAAGAAGAGCGGCGUCUGCAACAGCUAGCCGAGCAGGAAGAGGAGGAAGAUGACGAUAUCGGGCAAGGCGAGUUCCAAAUCGCCGACGACGCGGGCGCCAUCCUGUAUUCGUAUCUGGGCGACGAUUUCGUAGAGAUCGUUAUGGAAGAAGGUACGAUCUGA